AACCUGAGCGGGGAGGAGGAGAGCGAGGGGGACAUGGGCUCCCAGGUUGUGCAGACCCUGCGCCAGGGGGUCUGGGCAUCUCUGACCGGGGGCUGGUACCACGACCCGGAGCAGAACAAAUUUAACAACUCGUGCCACCUCUAUCUGUGGAUUUUCCUGCUCAUGUUACCUUUGUCUCUCCAUCUGGCUCUCCCUCCCACGACCAUGGCUUUAAGCAUCUACUGCUCGUCCGUCACCGUUUUCUUCAUCUUAAUCAAAAUGGCCAACUACCGGCUCCACGUGAUGUUCGACGAGGGCGAGGCGGUGAUCCGGAACAGCCUCUCCGACCUCAGCAAAGCCCCAGACAAGAAGAGUAACGCCUCAGAUGCUUGUUCUGCUGGUGUGAGGAAAAGCAGCACUGUACCCGACAGCGUCCCCAUGUCCAUGCUGGGUCGGAAACGCACCAGCCCUGUGAUCCAAGUGACCGUGAAACAGACCGAAACGGACCCAGGGCUGAUCGGAGCGGAGGGCUUAAAAUCAGAAGAAACAAAAACUGCCGAAGGACACGGUUUGAGCACCGCGGAGCAGAGGCCGUUGGCGGUCGGCCUUCAGCUGAGUCCAGAGCCGUCUCCCGAGGACCUCUCCAGCCCCAACCCCGACCAAGCCGCCCCUCUGCUGCUGGCCCAGCAGAGACCCCCGUCCAAAGCUGAGAGGGAGGAGGUGUGUCCUGAGUCCUCGAGUGGGACUAACGCAGGAGCAGAAACUAUUAAAACGAUAAGAAGAGACGAGGACAGUCAGAGCUCUCACACCAGGCUCACACGGACUGAAAAACAAAACUCACCAGAUUCAGAAAAAAGAGACGAAGAGAAGGACUGUGACAGUAAAGAGGCGUCAGAUCCAGAAACAGCAGAUGAAGGUCUGCCCCCGUCUAAAGGAAGUGGAGAUGAGAGCGAGGAGGAAAAUCAAGGACCCAAAGACUCGUCAGACGCCAACAACAACUCAUCAGACGCCAACAACAACUCAGUGCUGAGCUCACAGCACGAAGACGACGAGUUUGUGGACAUCCCAGAACUGCCCCUACAGUCUGAAGAAGCAGAGGAGGCGUUCUGCUCAGACGAGAUAGAGGUGGUUCUGGUGGAUAACUCCAGACCAGGCCCCGCCUCCUCUCACCUGGACGACAGCGACACUGUGAAAAUCAUCAUCACGAUGUCAUGUGACCCUCAGACCGCGGCUCAGCUGGAGGAGAGUGUGAAGCAGAGCCUGCUGGGAAAUACACAGGAUUCUGGAGAGUGCCACAUCAAGAUCCCCGUCAUCACGUUUGAAUGUCCAGACGAAGAGGAACAGCUGGACGAGGCGAAGGACUCAGAGGACGAGGACACGCCCAAACAACAAACCAGCCCCACUGAAGAGUUUCACCUCUGCAGAGAGACGGCCGGCUCGGACUCCCCGACGCCGGAGUGUCCAGGAACAGGCCUGGACAAUCCGGGCCUGCAGCUGACCUCAGAGAGCACGCCCAGCCCUCAGGUCACCAACGACAACAGCUCCUCCGGCAUCGACGUGAACUCACACCCGGACGACACCGAACCGCUAGAGGCGAAGGCGGACACGAGGGGGUUUCUGCGUAUCCCCCCCGCGCUCGGCCGAUGUGGACCCGGAGGACGGACCCACAUCCGAGGACUCAGCAUGGACAGCGGGAAAGACGCCGUGCUGCUGUCGGACCGCGGAAAUACAACAACGAUGACAAGCUCCAAAUCUGACCUGGAGGCGAAGGAAGGACAGCUCCCCAAUGAAUCCAACUUCCUGGAGUUUGUGUCACUGAUUGGUUCAUUAAACACUCGAGUGGGAGGAGCCAGUGCACAGGAGAAAAACACAUCCGAACACAAAAGGGACGCGCCGGCUUCAGAAGAUAAUCUCAGUACCACCACCCCACCAGAGGAGGCAGUCACAGACACCAGUGCAAACAUCAAACCAGAAAGACCUCAACCUCCGAGCAGUCUGCCCACGCGACACGCCCCCACACACAUCCCCAUCGUCUCCCCCGACAGUCCGCAGACAGAGAAAGACCCGGAUUAUGACUCUUUACCGUCACAAACGUCUCAGUCGGAGAGCUCCAUGCUGCAGGUCAUCUGUCGACCUGAAGCCACCAACAAAGAAGAGGCCUACACCUUCCACACUGUGCACCGAGAUCGGCCGCGGAAACUGUACGCAGAACGAGCCUUAAACCUGCCGCUCGGAGCAGAACUCAUAACAGGAAACAUGUGCGACCUGCUGUCCACGUCGUCCAACUCUGAGGGUCAGGACGGGCUGAUGGGUCACUCCGACUGUCCUUUCCAGCGCCGCAUUAUCCCGGCUCACAGACUGCGGCCGAGGAGGACACACCCUGAGAUCUUUCAGGAAGAAGACUCUUUGGACGAGUCGUCAGAAGCCUCCACGCAGGAAAAGCCCAAACAGAAAAUUUAUUACAAACUGAGAUUAUUUCCCGGUAAAUGGAUCAAUAUCCUGUACGACCGGCUCACGCUGAUGGCGCUGCUGGACAGAAAUCAAGACGUGUUGGAGAAUCUGGUGGCGGUUUUCAUGGCGUUUCUGGUGUCGUUUCUGGGUUUUGUGCUUCUUAAUCACGGCUGUUUCAAGGACUUCUGGGUCUUCCAGUUCUGCCUGGUUAUCGCCAGCUGCCAUUAUUCUUUACUGAAGAGUGUCCAGCCAGACGCAGCUUCCCCUACUCAUGGUCAUAAUCAGCUGGUGGCCUACAGUCGCGCGGCGUAUUUCUGCAUCUUCUGCGCUCUGAUCUGGAUCCUGGAGCAGCUGCUGAUCAUCAAAGACCUGCCCAGCUCCAGCCUGUACGGAGUGACCAUCGUCUGCCACGACGCCCUCAGCUUCAUCCGGGACAUGUUAGUAGGCUUCACUUACUGUUUCCCCAUCACGUUCUUAGUGGGACUGUUCCCUCAGAUCAACACCUUCACCAUCUACCUGCUGGAGCAGAUCGACACGCACGUCUUUGGAGGGACAGCUGCCACCAGUCUGGUCUCUGCCGUCUACAGCAUCCUGCGCAGUUUGAUCGCUCUUUUUCUUCUUUACGGUUUCUGCUUUGGUGCUCUCAAGGAGCCGUGGGACGAGCAGCACACUCCGGCGUUGUUCUCUAGUUUCUGUGGCCUUCUCGUGGUGUUUUCGUACCACCUCAGUCGUCAGAGCAGCGACCCCGCCGUGCUGAUGUCCCUGGUCAAGUCGAAGCUCGUGCCGACGUUAGUGGAGAGUGAGGAAGAGGAGGAGGGGGACGAGGAAGAGGCGGACAUCAAAGACCCGCUGCCAGAGAAACUGCAAAACUCCAUGAAGGACAUUCUUCUGUCUGACCUGGUCGUCUGCUCUGUGGCCUACAUCCUCACAUUUGCCAUCACAGCGAGUACAGUGUUUCUGUCUCUGAAGCCUUUUGUGACGCUCGUGCUUUACGCUCUGGCUGGGACCGUGGGCUUCGUCACACAUUAUCUGAUCCCACAGCUCAGGAAACAUCACCCCUGGCUCUGGAUCUCACACCCCGUCCUCAAGACCAAAGAGUACUACCAGUUUGAGCCCCGAGAGGACGCGGUGCUGAUGUGGUUCGAGCGUCUCUACGUCGGGCUGUUGUGUUUUGAGAAGUACGUGGUUUAUCCCGCCAUCGUCCUGAGCGCUCUGACCAACGACGGCUUCGCUCUGAGCCACCGCAAGAAGCUCGGAAUACAUUGUGAUGUUCUCUUGACGACCGUUGCCGGGCUCAAACUCCUCCGCUCGUCGUUCUGUGAUCCCAGUUUUCAUUUCCUGACUCUUCUGUUCACUCUGGUCUUUUUCCACUUCGACUGUCCGCACGCCUCCGAGAGCUUCCUGCUGGACUUCUUCAUCAUGUCCAUCGUCUUCCACAAAAUGCGGGAGUUACUGUUGAAGCUGCAUUUCAUCCUGGUCUACAUCGCCCCCUGGCAGAUCGCCUGGGGAAGCGCCUUUCACGCCUUCGCUCAGCCGUUUGCGGUGCCUCACUCUGCGAUGCUGCUGCUCCAGACGCUCCUCACCACCGUCUUUUACACUCCUCUGGCGCCGUUUUUGGGCAGCGCCAUCUUCAUUUCCUCGUACCCGCGGCCGAUUAAGUUCUGGGAGCGAAACUACAACACAAAGAGGAUCGACAACUCCAACAGUCGACUGGUUUCCCAAGUGGACAAAGAAACAGGCUGUGAUGAUAACAACUUAAACUCCAUUUUCUAUGAGUACCUGACCCGGUCCCUGCAGCACUCGCUCUGUGGGGACCUGCUGCUGGGACGCUGGGGGAACUACAGCUCUGGAGACUGCUUCAUCCUGGCCUCGGACUACCUCAACGCCCUGGUGCAUCUGAUAGAGAUCGGGAACGGCCUGGUCACGUUUCAGCUCAGAGGACUGGAGUUCAGAGGCACAUACUGCCAGCAGAGGGAGGUAGAGGCCAUCACAGAAGGGGUUGAGGAGGACGACGCCUGUUGCUGUUGUGAGCCGGGACACCUUCCUCACAUGCUGUCGUGUAACGCCGCCUUUAACCUGCGCUGGCUGGCCUGGGAGGUGAUGGCCACCAAGUAUCUGCUGGAGGGCUACAGCAUCAGCGAGAACAACGCCGCCACCAUGCUCCAAGUGUACGACCUGCGCAAGCUGCUCAUCACGUACUACCUGAAGAGCAUCAUCUAUUACCUCGUGCACUCUCCCAAACUGCCCACGUGGCUGAAGGACGAGUCCCUCCAGGGGGCGCUGCAGUCCUACACGAAAUGGCACCACAUCGAGCGCGACCCCCAAGUGUUCAGCGUGAAGAUCGACGAAGACUACGUCCACUGUCUCCAGGGAGUGACCAGGGCCAGUUUCUGCAACGUUUACCUGGAGUGGAUCCAGUACUGCGCCGGGAAGAUGGAAACUCCUGUGGAGUGCGAUGAAGACUCUGCUUUGGUCACUCUUUCUUACGCUCUGUCUGUUCUGGGAAGAAGAUCUCUGGGCACGGCGUCUCACAAUAUGUCCAACAGCUUGGAGUCGUUCCUGUACGGGUUCAAUACUCUGUUUAAAGGAGACUUCCGCAUCGGCUCCAAAGACGAGUGGGUGUUUGCAGAUCUGGACCUCCUGCAGAAGGUCGUGGCUCCAGCCGUGAGAAUGAGCCUAAAGUUACACCAGGAUCACUUCACCUGCCUGGAGGAGACGGAGGAGGCGUCCAUUUUGUACGAGGCCAUCACAAACUACCGCAGCAGCCUGGUGAUCUGCCACGAGAGCGACCCCGCGUGGCGUAAGGCCGUGCUCUCGAGCCGCGACACUCUGCUCACGCUGCGUCACAUGAUCGACGACGGCACCGACGAAUACAAGAUCAUCAUGCUCUACAAACGCCACCUCAGCUUCAAGGUCAUCAAGAUUAAUAAGGAGUGUGUGCGAGGUCUGUGGGCGGGACAGCAGCAGGAGCUCGUGUUUUUAAGGAACCGUAACCCAGAACGCGGCAGCAUCCAGAACUCCAAACAAGCUCUGAGGAACAUGGUGAACUCGUCCUGCGACCAGCCCCUGGGCUACCCCAUGUACGUGUCUCCGCUGACCACAUCCUUCGCAGGGACACACAGGACACUGCGCAGCAUCGGGGGAGGAGCUUUAAGUCUGGACGCCAUCCGCACGUGGUUCUGCUCCAAAUGGUUAAGAGUGCGUAAGGACAACCUGACCAGCUGUAACAGUGGUGUGAACAUGGAGGACGUGGACUGUGGCGCCGGCGGCUCGUCGUCUCUGAGCCACAAUCGUCCGUCGUCUGUGACGUCCAACAGCCUGAGUCUGUAUCAGAACAGAGCUCGCAGCUCCCACAGCCGCCGACAUCACAACUCAGGCCGGAGAGAAUACCGGAGUCGUUCAGUUCAACCUCAGAGCCAGCGGCCUCCUGUCACCAGCCAAUCAGGGCCCAUCCUGGACACAGGCUCCACCCACGGCCUGGUGCAGCGUCUGUCCAACAGUCAGCUCUCCUUUAACACGUCUAUCGCCUCGAUAUUCUCACAGGUUCCUCGUCUGUCGGGGGCAGGUGGGAUCAGCUCACAGCUCCAGGCCACGCAGCAGCAGCAGCAGCAGCAGCAGCGAUCCAGUCAGGUCUCCUCGUCUUCGUCCACCCUGAGCCUUCUGUUUGGGAAGAGAAGUUUCUCCAGUGGACUGGUCAUCUCCGGCCUGUCUGCGGCCGAAGGGGGAAACACCACAGACACACAGUCAUCGUCCAGCGUCAACAUCGCCCUGACCGGCCCCUCCCACCGCUCCAGCAGCCGCGCAACUCAGUGGACGUCUGAGCCGUACGAGAGCAUAGACGCCUCCUCCUCAAAUACUGCAGUUUGUGUGAAAGACGCCUCACAGUCAGGUGACCGAGACGGAGCCCACGGAUUGGACAAGACACAGGAAGAGUCCGAGUCUGCCUCAACCGCACCAGAGCCUACAGCAGACCAAAAGACUGACUGAAACAUC